GUUUUAAAUUGAAGAGAAAAUGUCACUUUACGAUGACUUGGGAGUUGAGACCAGCGAUUCUAAAACAGAAGGCUGGUCCAAAAAUUUCAAACUACUACAGUCUCAAUUGCAGGUGAAGAAAGCAGCUCUCACACAAGCAAAGAGUCAGAGAACAAAACAAACAACAGUCCUUGCUCCAGUGAUUGACCUGAAACGAGGUAGCUCUUCUGACGAGAGACAGAUUGUGGACACACCACCUCAUGUAGCAGCUGGGCUAAAGGAUCCUGUACCUAGUGGUUUUUCUGCGGGAGAUGUGUUGAUUCCUUUGGCGGAUGAGUAUGAUCCCAUGUUCCCAAAUGACUAUGAAAAAGUGGUAAAACGUCAGAGAGAGGAACGGCAGAGGCAGCGUGAGCUGGAGAGGCAAAAGGAGAUUGAAGAAAGAGAAAAAAGACGUAAAGACAGACAUGAAGCCAGUGGGUUUUCAAGAAGACCAGAUCCAGAUUCUGAUGAAGAUGAAGACUAUGAAAGGGAGAGACGAAAAAGAAGUAUGGGAGGAGCUGCCAUUGCACCACCCACUUCUCUUGUCGAGAAGGACAAGGAACCUGUAGCAUCAUUUCCAUUUGAAGAGGAGUCAAGACCUCGGGCACCAUCUUCCAAAGCAGCUAUUCCUCCUCCAGUGUAUGAUGAGCCAGAAAGACCUCGUUCCCCAACGGGACCUAGCAACUCUUUCCUUGCUAACAUGGGAGGGACAGUAGCUCAUAAAAUCAUGCAGAAGUAUGGUUUCAGAGAGGGCCAGGGGCUGGGAAAGCAUGAACAGGGGCUGAGCACAGCACUGUCGGUAGAGAAGACGAGCAAGAGGGGUGGCAAGAUCAUUGUUGGCGAUUCUGCAGAGAAAGCAGAAACGGGCAAGAAAGCGGAUUCUAACCCAUUGACCGAGAUACUGAAAUGCCCAACUAAAGUGGUCUUACUAAGGAACAUGGUAGGUGCUGGGGAGGUGGACGAAGAUCUAGAAGUUGAAACUAAGGAGGAAUGUGAGAAAUACGGCAAAGUUGGGAAAUGUGUCAUCUUUGAGAUUCCUGGUGCCCCUGAUGAUGAAGCUGUCAGAAUAUUUUUAGAGUUUGAACGGGUUGAAUCUGCCAUCAAAGCUGUUGUGGAUCUAAAUGGAAGAUACUUUGGAGGCCGAGUCGUGAAGGCUUGUUUCUACAACCUGGACAAGUUCAGAGUUCUGGAUCUGGCAGAGCAAGUUUGAUUUUAAAAAUCUAGCUCGAGGUGUCACUGUUUUGGCAAUCAUGUUUUCAGCGGUAGGCUGGGAAUAAAGAAGAGAAAAGUAGCUUUCCUAGCAAACUGGAAACAAGCCUCAUUGAAUGGAUUUUUCGCAUUCGUUGUGACUUACAUUUUUUGUAAUAUAAAGCCCUUUGAAAGUAAGAUUCACGUCUGUGUGUUUUUGAAUUGCACAAUUCUGCUUAUUGCUCUGGGGAUCCUGUUUUUUUGAGCUUUCAGAUGACUUCGUUCUUUUGAAAACCCACUGCUGAGGAGAUGCUUUGUCUGUAUUCCUGCUUUCCUUGUUCUGGUGCUUC